CCGCCUUCCAUGCGUGAAGAAGGGAGGUCUAGAACAUGACACCCCAGAAAAGAAGAUCGGCAGCAGUGUGACAACAGGCACGAUGGGGAGUACCCGCGUACCUCGUGGCUGGCCGUGGCUGGUGGCCGGUGGCCCAUGUGCCGCCAAGACCCGGGGAUAAAGCGCUGGCGAGUGAUGAGCAUAUGGCGUGCUUGCUCUCCGUCCUCCGUCCACGUCGUCGUCUCAGAAUCCGGCUGCGGCAGCUCGGCUGUCGGCGUGGCGGUGUCACCUCGGCAGUCGGCGUGGCGGUGUCCACAGGCGUGGCACGAGUUCACGCCAGCACCGCCAGCACCAGCACCGCCCGCGACGUCAUGGCCAAGCGAGACUGCGGGUGUCUGGAGCUGCCGAGGCUGCGGAAACCAAGCGACGUCAUUGUUCGAGCGAGAAUGCUGUGAGGCCGUGGUCCGGGGAUCGAGGCUACCGCGGUGUCCAAGACGCGGGGUCCAUGGGGUGCCGACGGCGGUGGGCACGGCGAGCCACUACUGCUUCGCCAGGCGGUUGACGCGAAGUGGCGCUGCUUUUCCAGCGGUAUAUGAGCAGCAGUAGUAUGAGACCGUGUCUGCGUCCACAGUAGGCGGGACACGUUCUUGAUUUCUUGAUGCCUGUGUUUGGUCGAUUUGUGUUCCGAGUCCUCACACGUCCCGCGACAAGCGGAGACGCAUGGUUGUGUUCAGACUUUCGUGCAUCUGCAGACCAUCGGACUCCGGCGUACACCCUACC